GAUCCGCUGGUGUUUGCCUACUGUCAGUUCCACCUUGAGCUCCAGCCCUGGCUAGACCCAGCAGUCCUCUCCUUCCAGUCUCAUAGCUAUGCUCCCCAAUGCGGCUUGGCUACUUUUUCUGGUGCUCCCGGGGCUACCCUUGAUGGCGGGGGAGCCAUCCCCCAAAAUUGAGGGGACCUAUGAUUCCAAGUAUGGCCAGUGUUUCCAGUCCCUCACUGGGGAGGCUGGAGCUCUGAACCUUGGACAGAGAUGGGGAGACCCUUCCCCGACAGCCACAUUGUAUAUUGAUCUGCGCACAGUGACCAGUGCCACGUCCUUCUUUGACUUCCGCACCUUCGACCCGGAAGGCGUGAUUUUCUAUGGUGACACCAACCACGGCAAGGACUGGUUCAUCUUGGCUUUGCGGAAGGGCAAGCCCGAAAUGCAGAUCCACAACAGCGUCACCAACAUCACUGUCUCUGGGGGGCUGCGCCUCAAUGAUGGCCGUUGGCACCGGCUGAUGGUGAAGAAUGAGGGCCAUAUUGUCCUGUUAGAAGUGGACGGAGAUGACCAACUGGUCCUGAGCCACGUCUCCAAACCCAUCAUCGAACAACCCAUUUUCGAUAUGCGGAUUGGUGUCGGCGGGUUGUUCAUCCCUGCGCAGGAGCUGCUGAUGCCGCUGAACACAGCCAUGGACGGGUGCAUGAGGCGCUGGGAGUGGCUGAACAAGAGUUUGGAGUGGCGAGAGGGAAGCUCCCUGGAGGAAGAGGGGACCAAGGUCUGCUUCCCCAGCAUCCGCCAUGGCAGCUUCUUCCCCGGGAACGGACUGGCCACCUUCUCUCUGGCAGGCCUCCCCACCGGACUCAGCCCUGCCAAUGGGAACUGGUCCCUGUCUGUGGAGAUGCGGAUCGAGGGAGCACCCCAAGCCGCAACCUUGUUAGCCAUCUCCAGUGUCAAGCACACACCUGUCCUCCGCUUGGACCUGCGGCACACGGAUCUGGUGGCCCAGCUGGGGAACAAGACGGUCUUCAUGGUCCAGCUUCCAGCAGAAGGCUGCCUGGAUUUGCAGCUCGUCAUGCAAAUCACUCCAUCUCAUCUUACACUGCGCCUGGCCAAUGCUGAGACCUUGAAGCCCAUCCCAAAAACGGAUUUCGACAGUCUAAAGCAGAUCUGGUUGGGACAGCGGGGAGACCUCAUCAUCGGGGGGUUACCUGGGUCAGAAAGAACCCCGUUGGCCCAGGAGAGAGGGUUUUUCCGAGGCUGCCUGCGGGCGAUCCGGGUGCAAGGCUGGGAGUUGGACCUGGAUGCAGCCCAAUCUCGGAGCAACUCCAUCUGGGCUCACAGUUGCCCAGGGCUGGAAGAUGGAGGCAAAGCCAACAUGGACGGUAGAAACUAGAAGACCCCGGUUGCCUGCAGUGCGACUUCUCCCCACUUCUUUGUGCAUUCAUUUAAAGACCUCUUAUCCCCAAUUUCUCCUUCCCUCCCUUUCUCCAUGAUAAAGGGCAACAUUUUUGGCCCACCUAAGGCAACUUAGGUGUUCUAUGCCAUUACCAAGCACCUGGCAAAAAGGAGACCUUGGAGGGUCCUUUGUGGAAACCUGAGCUCUCCACCUCCUGUUCCCCACACUUUGGGUCUGAUCUAGAUCCCUCUCCACCACCAGCACCCCUUACCAUUUACUAAGAGCCAUUUAUGCAAUUUCUGAUUUCACAAAUAGUUUCUUGCCCUUCUUUGGGUCCAAAAAAAAUGGAUGCCCGGCCCCAAAAUCCAUGUUCCAUCAUUUCACAAACUCUGGCGUUAUUCACACUAUGAAAAUAACCCAGGAUGGAUCCAUGUUAAAUCUCUGUUGGUUAUACACAGCCUGAAUGCACUCUAGUAAGUUUUUUUUUUUGGGGGGGGGGGCUGCCAACCCCCUGCACUUAAUUCAAGAUAAUUGAUACUGUAUCGGGUUUUCUCCCCAAGUUUAAAAAAAAAGAUCUGCCUUGUCGGCAGAGCAAAUAACCAAUGCGAAUGGACUCAAAUAGACCUGGGAUAAAAUGCUGCAUACCAAAAAAUGGAUUCCAAAUGCAUUUGCAUCAUCAGCUCCAUCUUUAUCCAAUAGCUUGCACAUGUCAACAACUGAACUCUCAUCAAUGUGGAUCAAUGCAGUUCCAUAGUGUGAAUAACAAACCUGGAAUGCAUAAGUGAGAUGUUUCACAUCAUCACGUUAAAAAAAAAAAGACAUCUGAAUGACACCCAAGAAAGCUUUGUCAGGCUGCAGAAGUAUAUGUUUUUCUUUACUCCCUUGCAAAUGUCUGCUAGAGGAAGCCUCCGCUUAUCUGAUGGGUUAGGGAUCAGAGAGCAUGGUCAGAAAGUAAAACUGGUUGAGAAGAGGAACCUGGGUUUUUUAGUUUGCAACUGCAUUUUGGCUGCCACAGAGUCACCCCAGAGAUUGAAGGUACACUGCUCAUAAUCUCAGAAGCCCCACAGACCAAACACAGAGCAGUGCUCACUUUGGGCUGCAACAGAGGUUUGCUUUGGACCUUCUUGCAUACGUUUUUGACUCCAACGCACCUUUUCUCAGCUCACUUUGCAAGCAGUAUAUACACAUGCAAGGGGUCCAAAGCAAACCCCCAUAGGAAGAACUGAUCACAAGCCUGGUCUUUCCACUUUUGCAAAUUAUGUAGACGUGUUCCAUUAAUUUGAGGAGGGGUUUGCUCUUUCUGUAGGCAGGCCUUGGAACCGCCUGUGUGAGUGAUCGGUCCUAAGUGAUCCUUGCAGGCAGGAAGAAAAGACGAAAGAGCAGACCCCUCACUGAAUUAAUGAAAGAUGUCUGUAAUUUGCCAGAAUCGAAAGAGUGAGUUGUUGAAAAAUGGCAUCAAAAAGCAGGGGCUUCCUGUAUCUUCAAUCAGCAAACGAAUCAGCCCAUUGGGGGAUUCUGGGAGUUGUUGCUAAAUGGAAGACUAUGACUUGGUGGUGAGGGUUGGAGGAUUCUGGAAGCUAUACUCCAAUAAUAGUUGGGUGGUGGGUGGCCGGGGAGUUGAGGGAUUUGUAGUCCAAUAAAGACUGCAACUGGGGGUGGCAGCUGGGAGAUUAUGGGAGUUGUGGUCCAACAAAGACUAAAAUUGGGAUGGUGGCUGUGAAUUCUGAGAGUUAAGAGUCUCACAGCAGACUAAAGUGGUGGUGGUGGUUCAGGGAUUCUGGAAGUUGUAGUUGAGCAAAAGUCCAUCUGUGAGUGGAUGGCAUCUAACCUCCCACAAGUCUGCUCCAGAAGAGUUCAUGUGAUCAAAAGUCUAUUGCAGGGUAACCUGCAUUCAGCACAAAAUACUUCGUGGUAAUCCCUGUAUAAUAACAGAAAUUAAAUACUUUUACAUAUAUUUGCAUAUUAUAUUUUUGUUUGGGAGCAGAGACAAUAAACUGUUGCUUUCUUGCUA